AUGAUAGGAGUAAUCAGACUACGUGUUGCAGGAGUUAGCACAAUGCAGAUGAUGAAGCUGUCUCCAUCCCUGUUUUGUCGUCUACCUUGCGUGCCUCGUUUGGCCCGCCCGUUUCACCAAUCAGUCAUCUACAAACAACUCAAUCAGCAACAACCAACACCACCACCACCACCACAACAGACCCAAUCACAAAUUGAAGCCAGACUUGAAGCAGAAAGAGCUCGUGUUGAUAAACUUGCAAAGGAGAGGGAGGAGCGCCAAAGGUAUAAAAAUAGAACUGCAACAUACUAUGCUGCUUCCCUAGGCAUUGUGUUUCUAGCAUUGGCAUUUUGUGCUGUGCCUGUAUAUCGGGCCAUUUGUCAGCGUACUGGAUGGGGUGGUAUCCCCAUCACUGAUAGCACGAGGUUCACGCCAGACAAGUUGAUUCCCGUGGACACUAAUAAGCGUAUUCGUGUACAAUUUACGUGUCAGUCCUCAGGUGUUUUGCCUUGGAAAUUCACUCCUUUGCAGCGUGAAGUAUAUGUUGUUCCUGGUGAAACUGCAUUGGCCUUUUAUCGUGCCAAGAAUAUGAGCAAGGAGGAUAUUAUAGGUAUGGCUACGUACUCAAUCAUUCCUGAGAAUGCCGCUGCCUAUUUCAACAAGAUUCAGUGUUUUUGUUUUGAAGAACAACGAUUGAGUGCUGGCGAAGAAGUUGAUAUGCCUGUUUUCUUUUUCAUUGAUCCUGAUUUUGCCAAGGAUCCAAACAUGAGAGGUAUUGAUGAUGUUGUUUUGCAUUAUUCAUUCUUCAAAGCGGCUUAUUCUGAGGGUGAAUUGUCAGCUGUGCCUAGUAGUAGGAAAGUGGAAUUGAAGGCAGAGUUGGUGCAGGGAUAA